AUGGUUUCUCCUCAAAGUCUCUUAAAAAGAUCUAAAUCGACCUCGAGCACUCGAAGUGAAGACAGUAAUAGUAGUAAAUCAUCAGAAUCCACUUCAAAAAAAACCUUUGAGAAAUUAAACAAUAUUCGUUUCAAGCGAGCGAAACCAAAUUCUCCAUCUAAAUCUGAUUGUUCAAACUCGCAAACUACAACGACAACUAAACCUUUGCCAUUUCUUCCAACGCCACCCAAUUCUCCUUCAUCAUCAACUUUAAUAACCACACAAACUCAUCAAACCAACCACAAUGAUGCACGCCCACAAUUCUCAUCUACAAUCUCACUUACAACCCACUUACUCUGUGCACCAUUUCUCGACCUCAAACUUGUCGUGCCACGAACAAUUUCCCUUCAAGAAUUUAAAGAACAAGUUUCCAAAAUCACGGGUCUCGAUUUAUCGGACGAUGACACAGUCGCUUAUUUUCAUAGCUGUACAAUGACUGAAUUGGAUGAUGAGCUUUUGAAACAGGAAAAAAAUUUGACAUUUAUUAAUUUUUUGGUAAGACAGGAAAAAUUGCGUCGCGUUGCAAAUAACAACUGUUGGAUGAAUAAUAUGCUGUGGAUGCGUGAUCAAGUUGAGGUCACGUUGGUGGCUAAAUGGAUGACUUGA